GGAUGGGGAAGGCGGCGGCGGCGGCGGCCUUGGGGGCCGAAGUCGGUGUGCGCAUCGCGCUGUUCGCCGCCAUUCUGGUGACCGAGCGGCUCCCUCCCUUCCAGAGGCUGAUUCAGCCAGAGGAGAUGUGGCUGUACCGGAACCCGUUUGUGGACGCGGAGUACCUCCCCACCAAGCCGAUGCUUGUGCGUGGAGAGCCACACCACCCCAACCCACCCCCGCCUCUUAGCACUCAGCUUCAGGCUGGGAGUCGGGAAGCCAUUGCAUUCCUCUCUCCCCUGUCGCUGAUCCUCCUGGCCAGAUGUCUCAAGAAGGCAGAUCCCACAGACAGCAGACAAGCCUGCCUGGCUGCCAGCCUUGCCCUGGCUCUGAACGGUGUCUUUACCAACACAAUAAAACUGAUCGUGGGGAGGCCACGCCCAGAUUUCUUCUACCGCUGCUUCCCUGAUGGACAAGCCCACUCUGACCUGAUGUGCACAGGGGACGAGGAUGUGGUGCAGGAGGGCCGCAAGAGCUUCCCCAGUGGGCACUCUUCCUUUGCAUUUGCAGGUCUGGCCUUUGCUUCCUUCUACCUGGCAGGGAAGUUACACUGCUUCACACCACAAGGCCGGGGGAGAUCUUGGAGGUUCUGUGCCUUUCUGUCGCCUCUGCUUUUUGCAGCUAUGAUUGCACUGUCCCGCACCUGUGACUACAAGCAUCACUGGCAAGAUGUCCUAGUUGGAUCCAUGAUUGGCCUGACGUUUGCCUAUGUCUGCUACAGGCAGUAUUACCCUCCUCUGACUGAUGCAGAAUGCCACAGACCGCUUCAGAACAAACUUGCACUUCCCACUGCACAGAAAAAGCCUGGUGAUCUCUAUCACUUUCAUAUUUAGAAAUUGGACCUACCUCAAUGGAGAAUAAGUGAAUCAGCCCCUACUAACUGUGCCAUGCACAAGACAAGAAUUUGUGGCCUUUUUACCUUUGAGAGGGAUAAGGGAGGACAUGAGCUACAUUGCAUUCUGCCUCCAUGUGAGUAUGCAGGAGGAGUCAAGUUCUUUUCACUACUGUGUGGCACACAUACAGUAACUCUCCAAUAUCUUAGGAAUCUGACAGAUUGGUAUUCCCCAGAUCUGCAAUGUUUUUACAUUUAAUUUAAAUGUCAUUUUUUGAAGGAUCAAAGAAGGCUUUAUGUAACCCCACUUUCUCCUAGAAGAUAGAGCUAAAUUAUCGAAACUUAAUUUCCAUUUCUCAUGGCCCUAAAUCCUAUUAUCUGGGCAUGACCAACUAGAUUGCUUUGGUUCUGUUAACUUCCUCUGUCGAGAAUUCCAUCAAGCCUUAACUAGGAAAAAGUCCAGUUUUGGCUGAGUUAUCAGUGCUGUGCAUAGGUUAUCUGAGCCCAGCCAGAUAUUGCCAUCUAGUUUGAAUACUGUGGGGAAAAACAGCUUGUUGAAUUACUAAGUGAAUACACUAAAAAAAGAAGAAAAGAGUUAGGAGUAGGGUUUUAAUACAGGAUGAAACUUGUCCUUAACUGUGCUCAUUUGUCCUUAACUGUGCUCCUGAGUUUCUUUUCCCCCACUCAUGGCUGAAAAUCUGCCCAAAUGCAUCCCCUUAGCCAAGUGGCUGAGGCAGGAAAGAAAAAUUACAAAUCUCAUUUAUCUAGAGGACCAAGGAAUCUUUUUCUGUCCCUUUUACACAACAGGAUAUAAUGAACAAGUAUAGGAUCUCAUCACAACUGAUGGACCUACAACAGCCUUUUGCUUUGUGAUAUUUUAAACAUGGCCUUUUUGUAUGCAUUUAUUCCUACAACAUAUUUUCAAUAGAUAUUUUUCCUUCAGUAUACCUGAAAUUCAGAUAAAAUGGUGACUGUGAUUUUUUUUUGGGGGGGGAAGGUGGGUACUUAGAGUACCAUUCAAGGAGUGAGGAACAUUUUCAAAGUACAAGAUUGGAUUCCCAGCUGACAUAAGUGAUUCAACUGCUGUUGUUAUCUGUCAAAGUGGCUGAUGUUUAUAAAUACUGAAGGACAGUCUCAGUAUUUACCUUAUGAUUGUCAUGCUUUAAAUAGCUGCCUUUGAAAAUGAAAACACCAGUCAAGGGAAAAGAACUUAAAUAUCAGUUCUUUGCCCAAAAUUUUAUUUGUUUUAGUAAUACAUAGGGUAAGAAAAAAUGGUUAUUAAUUGUCUUUACUUUAUGACAGAUGAAGCCAGGUAAUAGUAGGCAACUGGAAGAUAUGGUUUUAUUUCAAUAUUUACUAAAGUUUUAAAUAUAAUCACGUAAAAAACAAACAUUUCAAAAGUGCAAAUAUUAGAAAGCUAAUCAGUGCUAUUAAUCUUUCCAUGCAAACAAUGUCUUUUGCUGAGAUAAACAACACGAAAUCUGCAGCUGGGAAUAUGUACAAAAUGAUGUAUAGGAAGAAUUUAAAACAGGCUUGGUCAAGAGACUGCACAUGAUAUAACUGAAGGAGUGCAAAUAAUAUACAACUAAAUAAAAGGUUUAAAUCAA